AUGUAUGGUGUUUACAAAGACAAGAAAAUUUUUGCAAUGAAUGGAGGCAGGGGCCAUCGUAAGGUUAAUCCACAAGGCAAUGCCAGGUUUCCCUGGUCUGAAGUCAAGGAGGACAGACCAUUCAUUCCUUCUGUUAAUCACACUGACUCUGGGCUUACACGGAUUGCUCCUGUUUCUGUGAGAAUAAUUAAGGUUGUCUUGCAAAUAGAUCUACCACGAAGGUAUUUGAAGAAAAUGCAAGAAACUGUUUUGAAGGAGGAAAGCAUUGUGUCCAAAUUUAAGGCAGAUGAACCAAAGGAAGAGAUUUAUGAUCCUCAUAAGGUAGAACCUAAUUACAUGGUGGCCAGGUUGCCAGACAUGCCCAACAUCAAUUUUGAAGAGGAGGAAAUUGAUAAUAAUGGUAAUGAUGACCAUGGUGAAGAAUCUUCCCUGGAGAUUGAUGAAUGUGAGGAGCCUCACUUAAAAUCUAUCACUAAUGGGUCUGUGAGUAAUAAUACCCUCUUUGAGAAUAGUGACAAAAGCUUUAGGAAUCCAUCCCAUGUGUGCAAGACAUGUGAGCAUGUAUUUAAUUCUUCAUCACAUGAGGUGAUUGAAUCUCAAGUAGAGUGUGGAGGUUGCACUGCUGCCUCAAGACCUGAUAUUCCCAAAUAUAACUUGGGAAAAUCUUGUGGUGGUUUUCGUAAGUCUGGGACUGUGAAGAAAGCCCUUGUCAAGCAAAGAAAGGCUUCUGAGCAUGAUUUUCAGAGCAAAGUCGCUAUUGCAUCUACAAGUGAAAAAGACAGUCAUGAAGCUAUGGAUCACUUGGCUGUUGAGUCCUUGGGUAAGCAAGAAAAUGAUCAGUAUUCAAGGGCAUGUAGGGUCAGACCUGAUGCAUCCACUAGGCCCAGGGACAAUGCUAAUUGUUCUGAGAUCACUGAUGAGAAGUUGAGUUUGGAAAGCCUGCAGAGCAGUUCUCAUAGCAAGUUAUGUUCUAUGUCUGAAAUUGGAAGUCCUCCAUGCCACCUGGCUCCUAAAAGGAAGAGAGGUGAAAUACAGAUGUCAGAUGUGAUGUGA